AUGGCGCCUGGUGAACGCGUGGCUGGAAGCGAGGCUCGCUGCCCCAGCGUGCGCGAAUUCUACGACGGUAUCUUCCACUCGCCCAUCUACGCGGAGCACCACCGUGUGUGCUGUAACGUGGGAUUCCACCCUCGGGGACACACUCAUGUUACAUCAAGCGCCGCUGCUGCCGCUGCCGUCGCUAGUGGAAAUGUGAGCGGAGAAGCACCUGUCAGCAAAUUCCAGGCUCAAUACCCUGCCGACAGGCUCCAGUUGCAGCUCUACGACAAUCUAAUGGACGUCGACGCGCAACAUGAGGCGCGACGCAACGAGAUCUUUACGAUCCUGGACGUGGGCUGCGGCGCCGGCGGUGGUCUGUGUCAACUACAAACACUAUACCCCAACGCUGAAAUCGUGGGGCUGGACAUCUCUAUUCAGGCUCUGGAACGCAGCAAGGAGGCGUGGGACCAGUUCACGGAACAAAUGCCCGAGUUCCAGGAGAAAAAACUGCGGCUGUAUCAUCACUCGUGCGAGAGGAUGAAAGGACUGCUGACUCACUCGGUGGACGUGGCCGUAGGCGUGCAGAGCUUGCAAGAGGUGCAGAAUCUCGGCAAAGCAGUCAAUGAGAUCGCCCGCGUUCUCAAACCUGGAGGCCUUCUGUUCGUUGCUGAUUUUAUCCCGCCUGACGUGACUGCGGAUCACUUGGAACAUUCGCUGCUGUCCCCCAUUUCAUCGGCACAGAACAAGACUCCGUUAUUUGAAAUCGAACAAGAACAAUUGGUGUCGUACGAAGCAGCCAUGGGCGCUAAGCUCAGCUCUGGUACUACUCGGGAGCUAAUCCAUCAGUUCACACCUCAGGAAUUCCAUUCAGAACUCGAGACUUUUUUCUUCGUCGAGCACUCGCCACUAUACGAACUGCUACGUCGUGACCAGAUGGGCUACCGCUUGCUGUGUCUGCGUAAGACUGAUGAAUGCAGUACGGACGAAGAAGAAGAUAUCCGACACAUGACCAAUUGGGUUGGCGACGGUGUGGACUAUUCGUCGGAUGAAGAAAUUCAAGAUGACGAUGCACCCAGCUACUACCCGUAUCAAGAGUUAUUCCCUCAACUAGACAUAUUAAAGGACCACUACAACGUCAUUCUGGAGGAGAUGCAGGCUGUGCAACAAAUGGCAACGUGGCCGUUCUGGCCGGAGAAACACUACACGGAAGGCGACAGUGAGUGGCGUGUGUUCCCGUUUUGCUACACGUUCCCAGCGUACGACGCCUCAAAGACGACGUGGGUGUCUCCCACGUGCUCCAUGUGUCCACGAACGGCAGAAAUCCUCAAGAAUCUGCCGAACAUUCGGACUGCGUUGUUCUCCAAGCUUGGCCCCAACACGACGCUGACUGCACAUCGAGGCUGGGCAGAUCUGGCCAAUCACGUUCUCCGUGUCCACUUUCCUCUUGUGGUGCCUAGUCUACCCAACGGAGAUCCGUGUUGCGCUAUGGUGGUGGGUGGGGAGACCACGUACCAUGCUGAGCGUGAGUUCAUCGUGUUCGACGACAGCAAACUGCACUACGCGUUCAAUAGCCACCCUGACGAGACGCGUCUGGUGCUGAUCAUCGACUUUUACCGUCCUGAUCAAUUACCAAGAGGUCGUGCUCGCGGAGGCCAUUCUGACGAGCUGGACGAGUUCAUCGAGACUUUCGGCAAGCAACCGUUGCUCGGUGGUGGUGAAGAAAGUUGA